AUGAACUUGGUCGACUCCUUCACUUUGUUUAUGAGUGUGACGUCACAGGAUGAUGCAACGGUGACGUCAUCAUAUCCAUUGCUGAACCACCCUAUCACGCCGCAUCUUACCUCUGUAUCGGUCUGCCCGCCCACUCUGAACACGCUACUAGAAGCCAUGCUAUUCGGUCGAGGGUUCAGUCUGUCGCGGGAAUAUUUGCAAAAAGCGCGCAGCUGUUUUGUCCAGCUGACGAAUCUCCUUGACAUGGCCCCUCCUACGUCACUGGCCAGACUGGUUCAGGCAACCGCUCGUGUUGCUUGCGACAUCAGACACACGUCACUAAUGAAGAAAGAAGUGACAGAAGAUGGUAAUGAAGAUGCAUCAAAAUCGGAAACCGCAGACAAAGAAAACGAAAAAUGCGAAAGAGACACAAAUCCGACCUCAUCCAGUGCCGUCUCUCUCUGGAUGAGGUAUCCACCGUACUCGGAGACGAUGAGCGACGAGGAGAUCGUGACGCAGGCGCUUUAUGCCGUGACCUCGCCCCUCCAGAGUGAGAAGGAAGCUCUGUGGCGCCAGGAAUUCAAUAAGAUUUUCGAGCUGGAGGAUGCCGAAGAUCAGGAGAGGAAUCACGAACCCUGCGACGUCGAAGUGGCCAUCAAGGAGGUCCUCCUGGAAUGGGGCUACGGCGACGCGGACGACACCUUCCUCGGCGGGGAGUCGGAGCUCGCCUACGAAGUGCCCGACGAGUCCGACAUCAUCAAAGCCACACAGGAAGGACAGCAGAUGAUCGCCGAAGACACAGCUGAUAAAAAGGAAAAGGAAAAAGAAGUCCAGAAUGAAGAAGGAGGGAAAGAAAUGGAAGGAAAUUUGGCUGAGAAGGAAAAGGAACUUAGCAGUCAUGGGGCAUCGAUCAUGAAAGCGGCAUUGCAUAUGUACUCUCUGCUUACCAUUCAUCACUGUUGCUGUAUCAUGGCUCCGUCGGGAUCCGGGAAAUCUGUCGUCUGGAAGGUGUUGGCAGAAGCUCUAAACAGGAAGAAGCAGAAGGAAGGAAAUGAUGGGUCCUUCCGUGGUGUUGCGUGGCGUGUCCUGCAGUGUGGAGCCUUCACGCGGGAUCAUCUGCUGGGGAACUGGGACGAGGAGCGCAGGAUGUGGAGGAAGGGCGUCCUGUUCCAUACGCUGACAGAGUUGCAGCAGAGUCCAGGCGAGUGCUGGUUAGUCCUCGUGGGUCCCUUCUCCCAGGACAUCCUCAAGUCCGUGUCCCACCUGUGCCACACCUCGCCCACCUUCAAGGACGAGGCGCUGAACCAGGUCAUCCUCGAGGGGGACAUCAGGGUCAUUAUCGAACAGAGCGACGAGAAGAACCUCAUAUCUCAUGCCCGAGUCAGGUGUCCGGUGCUGAAGCUGCCGACGGAGGCGAUGACGGCUUCAGGCGCAGCGGGGCGGGCCAUGAAGAGGCUCCUGAAGGUCCUCCCGCACCUCCAGGGCCAGAGGGAGAUCUCGGAGGCCAGGACACUCGUCGCUGAAGGACUUGUUAACCUGGAGUUGCCUCAGACGUCGUUGAGCUUAGUUCCUCCUCCUCCUGCAGAUGAGAGUAGCAGGAUGCGUAUCUCGCAUGGCGGAGGCGCGGGUGACCCCUGCCACGCCCCCGGGGAACUGCUGGAGGUGCUGCAGCAGGUCCUUGAGCUCCUACAUACCGCCAGACAUCCUCAUCUCCACCAGGAUGCGAGAGAAGGCGCCUACACACCCGCCAGGCUGGGGUCGCGGAGCCCAGCGCCGUCGGAUGCCUUCCUGGACUACGCGAACCGGGUGGUGGCCACGCCCGAGCUGCAGGCGGCGCUGACGCUUCUGCCGCAGCUGCUGGACGUCACGUGUCCGAUCCUGCUUUAUGCUAAGCCGGGCCAUGGUCUGACCACGUUCCUCGACAUUUUCGAACGUCAUCGCGCACCGGCAACACGCGUGAUUCGCUUCCGGUGCACGCCGCUCUCGACCGCCCACGAACUUUUCUCGUGCAUGAUUGGCGAUCUCCUCCCGUCGACUCCGCCAACCGACCAAUCAGCGACCUCCUCGGGCAGCGAUGGGGAAAAUCCGAUUCAUGAUUGUUUGGAUCCGAGCAUGUCACAGAGAGACGCUUUCGAGAACAUUCCGAUUCUCGCUCCGGGAGACGAGGGGUUUUCUCUCUUGAUUCUGGAAGAUGUUCACCUGCAGCUGGACUCUGGCGGAACACUGGGAACCAUCUGGGAAAUAUUCAGACACAUGGUGGAGUAUGGUGAGGUCGUGUGUCCUUCUUCAGGAACGAGGUAUCGCCUGCAGAGGGUGGUGCCCCUCCUGGCGCUCUCCUGCCACGCCCUCCCCGACCAGAACGUGCCCGCGAGGAUCCUUAGGCACUGCGUGGUCAUGGGCGUCCCUUGCAUCUCGUCGCGGUCUUGUGAACACGUUGUUAAGGUAUCGCUGCAAGACGUGUUAGCAGAGUUGGACGAGGAAAACUUCCAGCCAGACGCUACCAGGGACGUUGUAGUCGAGCUGUACCAAGGUCUCGGCCAGUCGUCACGACCCCAGACGGGCUCACGACCACGAACCGCGUCAAGAACCCGGGCCUCCUCUCGACCGCAGACAGCCUCGCGUUCACGACCUUCUUCGCGUCCCCAAACGGCCUCGCGGUCUCGGGCUUCGUCGAGGCCACGGACCGCUUCGAGACCCCAGACAGCAUCCCGUCCGGCCACGGCAGAACCCCCGGACGAGGCGACAGAAGGCCCUCUCAGCGGGCCUGCCUCAGACAAGGGCUCGGCCAAGGACUCCUUCGACUUGCCCGACCUGGACACCAGCACGAGCAACGGCAGCCGACUAGACACAGGCAGGAAGAGCCGUAGCGCCAGUCCUCGCAACACUCUUCCUAACCUACACCACCUCCUGCAGCUGACAGAGGCGCUGCGGAAGAACGCUCGCCUCCUACAGAUGACAAUAGGGCAGUCAGCGUCCCUCAUAGCCUUUGAAGCUGGCAGGAUCUUUAGCUCUGUCGUCGAGAGCGAAGAAGAACUCUCCGACCGAGUCUUCAAGAUCGUCAAAAACAAAUUCGAAGAGGUGGAAGAGGGUCUGGCGUGGUGGCCGGGGCAGACGGAGGAAGGCAAGAAGAUGAUGAUACACGCGAAAGACUACAACGAGUUCGUAAAAAAUAUCCAGUACCCGGACGGCCUGCAGCAAAUCAUGUUUACACAGGCUCAUUUUAUGGCUUUGCUCAAACUCGUGAUCACGAUGGAAACCUUUUGGAGCCACGCCGUUGUGGUCGGGCCGCCUGGUGUGGGCAAACUGUCACUUGUCAAGCUAGCUGCCCAUUACACCAGGGCAAGAGUAUAUCACCUCGACGACUACCGCGACGAAGCCAGUCGUGUGGGAGCGGUGAGGUCGGCUGUGGAGGCCUCCGGAGUGGGAGGUCGGAGGACAGUCGUCGUGGUCAGGGAUCACUCCGUCACGCCCCAACUCCUCGACGUCCUCCACAGCCUCGCGCACACCGGAUGGAGCGAAACCCUCCUGGGGCGGCUGAGGUUACGAGGUCUUCUAGAAGCUAUCAGGCUCAAGGGCAAGGAGCUCCCUCGCGAGAACAAGUGGAUGACCUACCUGGAGGAGGACGAGGUGUCUUCCCUACGUCACCGCCUCAUCACCAACGUCAAGCGACACCUCCACGUGUGUCUGGUCUCACACAGUCGCCACACCACAGACAGCUGGUGCGAGCGAUACCCUCCCCUCCGAAGCCGCUGGUCCUGGGUGAGGCUCGACAGAUGGGACUCCGACACCCUUCGUCAGGUAGCCCGAAGGAUCCUGCUUCCUUACGACAUCCCUCCGCAUAUCCUUCACCAGAUGCAAGCCGCUCUGCCGAGUAUCCAUUUGAUGCUGGCCAGGGAAAAGGGAGUUACGGUGACGGUGUCCGACUACGUGGAGGCGUGUCGCGUGACGGUGACGCUGCUGGCGAGGCGGCGAACGGAGCUCCGGGAGUCGCUGGCUCUCUUCAAGGGCGGCAUGGAUAAACUUCAAGAAACGGGCGUGAAUGUCGAAGAACUGAAGGGCGAACUGAACGAACUUGAACCCGAACUGAAGGCGACCCAGGACGAGGGGAACCGGCUUACGCAGGCUCUGGCUCAGCACCGGAAUCAAGUGGCUCAGCUGAGGGACCAGAUGGUGGCUCAGGAGGAGAGGGUGAAGGAGAAGAACGACAGCGUGGCGGCCAUGAACGACGAGAUCACGCAGGAGGUCGGGGAGGCAAUGCCAGCGUUAGAAGCCACGGAGAAAGCAGUCAAGGCCCUGGACAAGAAGGACUUGGUCGAGGUGCGAGUGCUCAAUAAGCCACCCGACCUCGUGCUGGCUGUCAUGGAACCCAUCUGUAUCCUGCUUAACGUCAAACCGGACUGGGCAUCCAUGAAGACGCUCCUCGGCGACCCCAACAUGACCAAGAAACUGAUGGAGGUGGAGAAGGACACGAUCUCGGACGCCACCCUCAGGAAGCUCAAGAAGUACACGGAGAAUCCCAAGUUUAUUCCUGAUGAGGUCGCCAAGGUGUCCAAGCCAUGUCGACCCCUGUGUGCGUGGCUCAAGGCGCUCGACCACUACUCCCAGGUUCUGCGCAACGUCGAACCCAAGAAGUUGAAACUGGUAGAACUGGAACGUGAGCUGAACGGGCUGCAAUUAGACCAACGGCAACUGCAACAGCAACUAGGGCAGAGCGAGAGGGAGCUGGCGGAGUUGCAGGCACGGUACGAGGCGUGUGUGUGUCGCCGUCAGCAGCUGGACGGGGGGAUCAAGAGGGCCACGGCGAGGCUCCAGCGGUGUACGAGGCUGACUACCGUCCUGGCUGACGAAGAUUCGCGGUGGUCGGCUAAGAUCAAGUUUUUGGUCUCCCGUGGGGGAAUUCUUCAAGGUCUGAGGAAGUCAUUUUUGGUCUCUCGAGGAGGAAAUCUUCAAGACCCUGAUGGCCGAAGCCGAGGGCGUCUACGGCGAGUGCACUCUCGGGGCGUGGCCGUGGCUUACCUGGGGGCGCUGACCUCCGCCCACCGAGACCAGCUCCUGCAGAACGUUGUCAACAUCCUCGUCACCAGCGGGGUCGUUACGCCGGCCAAGUACGACCUGAUGGAGACACUGAGCACAGCCGAACAGAGGGACACGUGGGAGGCAGCCGACCUGUACCGCGACCCAGCCUGCUUCUUACAGGCCGCCUUGGUCCUCUCGGCUAUAAGGAGACCCCUCGUCCUCGAUCCUGAUUAUAUGUGCGUCCGAUGGCUGACCCCCUCCACGAAGAACAAGGAGGCCUCCAGGUCCUCCACGCCGGCGACGAGGACCUUCUCAGUAAAGUCCUCACCGCCGCCCACGCCCGCCGCCCGAUCCUCGUCCUCCACACGCCCACGCACCUCACGUACAACCUCAGGAAACUCCUUGAGGUUCCGAGUCAUCUUCAGCGACGUCCUGAAGAUGGAACGAGAGGACCUGUACGAGCAGCGUGCCAGCCUGACGGCGAGCAUCAUGCGCGACCAGAAGGCCCUCGAAGCCGUGGACGACACCAUCCUGAAGAAGCUCACGCAGGCGUCCACCGCGCUGCUUGACAACGAGGAGCUGCUGGCUGCGUUCUACGAGGCCAAGUCGACCUCAGCAGAGUUCCGCACCCGCCUCUCCGAGUGUCGACGGACGCUGCAGAAGAUCGGCAACGUACGCGACAAGUACCGCCCGGUAGCGACCCGCGGACGGCUCCUUUUCUCGACGUCGACGGCCCUCCGGAGGCUCAGUCGCAACUACGUCUUCUCCUUCCAACACUUUCUUCAUCUGUUCUCCGUCUGCAUCACGUCGGGCGGUCGUACGGAAACCCUGAGCUUCGACCAGCGCAUUCACUCCCUGGUCGUGAGUGUGACGCAGCUGGUGGUGACGCACGUGAGUCGCGCCCUCCACCCUGCGCACCGCCUGGCCUUCACCACCGCCCUCUGCGCAGCCAUCUCCGCAGACGCAGGCACCCUCACCCCCCCUGCCUGGAGAGCCGUCCUCGAUCCCUCUGUGCUGGACGAGCGCGCCCUUGUGGAGGCUGUCAUGGACUUGGAGGUGGAUUUCGGCGGCGUAGGCGAAGACCUGCUGAAGGGCGUGCGUCUCCAGCUGUCCCUACACGACCUGGUCACGGAGGUGGGAUUGACGGGGAGUCGAGGUCCUGCCGAGAUGCCCCGUGGUAGAAUAUCAGACUUCAAUGCCCUGAUGCUCUUAAGGAUAGCCAAGCCACGUCAGCUCGUGGCAGGAGCUCGCGAAGUAGUCAAUAUCAUGCUCGGGGACCCUCACCUACUGCGACCUGACCUCGCUAAGUAUCUGAAGGAACAUUUAUUUAAUGUGUUGAACUUGGGUUGUCAGAAUACUGUCAAGGUAUUAAAUGUAGAUUUACACGAGUUUUACCUUAUAUUUCCAUCUUCGAUUAACUACCAAUUAACCGAAGUAUUUAGGUUGGGCCCAGAGGAGCGCAAGUUACCUGUCCUGGUUUGGGCGGACUAUGGGCGUGACGUGGCCGGCGAGGUGAUAGGAGCCGCCCACGCCCGCUCUGUGGCCGGAAUCACAAGGGUUAUUAUGGCUACACCGGCGGAGAAGGCAGGAGAGCUAGAUUCCGUCGGAGUCCCUCACCUUGCCUCGCUCCUGGUGAAUUCUGUGCAACAAGGCGGCUGGAUCAUCGUUCAGGGGGCUGAGUCGCCUUCCGUGCUCUCAACUCUCCUCGGUGCUAUGACGUCACUAGGCUCUCCGGAUGUGAAGGUUCACGAGGAUUUCCGGCUGGUGGUGACCGUGAGUGUUACCAAGGCAGCGCCCCCUGACCUGACCUUGCUCGCCCGCCCACUGUACUCACAGCCGGCGCCCACGAUCCCUGCCACCCUCGCUGCAGCUGCCACCCUCAUCAACAUGCACAAUUAUCGACACCAUUACUCAGGAGCGAGGUGGCGCCGGGCGGUGUGGCAAGUGGCGGCCGCCCACACCAUCGCCUCGGUCACUCGGCACUGGCACGGGCACCCACCACCCCCGUCCGUGCCGCCCACUCACACGCCCAGAACCCAGAUAGCUUCCGGCCCGUCGAGGCCCUCCAGCGCCUCGCCUCUGCCGCCCACGCCCACGCCCACUCCCGAGCUCUUGGACGAACCCGAGGCCCGGCCCAGCCCGGGACACGUCGGCCUCGACGGCUAUGUCAACCUCGAGGAGCUGACCGAAACCCUCAAGUGCCUCUACAAGCUCUCCCUUGACUACGCGCUCGACGAUGAUACUGUCGUGCACUUCCUCGCCGUGGUGUACGGGCAGCAGAGGGCGUGGCAGGAGAUCGUCUAUUCGAUCCCCGGCGAGGUGGGCGUGGUCUCGAAGGAGGCGGCCCAGAGCAUCGUCACCGCCCAUCUCACAGCUUGUCUUCAGGAUCUGCACAAUCUGACGCUGGACGUGGAAUACAGGGCCUUCCAAGACGACCUCACGACCAUUGCCAGCGACAUCUUCGAAGCCCCCACGUCAGCUCUCGACGAAUAGGCCAUAUUUUACUCUUUUUAUUAUUUGUUAUUCCCUUUUAUUCUAUUAUUGUUCAUUCAUUGUCGGUCAUGUUCUUUGCACUUUUGCUUUUUUACUUGUGUUUU